UCUCGCCACUUUUCUUUCCCCCAUCACCCUCCCCGUGUGCUUUUGCUAAGGAGCCUGGCGGCCACGCUGUGACUUGUGGCUCUGUGCGAACCUCUCAGCGAGGGAGCAUCGACGAUCGUCUCGCUUUUUCUUUGCCUAGCGCACUGCCCUCAACCUUAACACUCGACUCUCCCUUGGACACACCCACCACCUGUCCUCCUACGUCGCCAGCUACCUUCUGCUGCGGCUUUUUACGAUCUCGUUCCAUCUCAGAAAUACUCACCAGUCUAAUAUUCAGCCAUGUCUGACGUUCAAACAAGGCCAGCUGCUGCCUCGCGUGGCAGGGUAUCCGCCCGGGGCGGCCGGGGCGGUUACAGCAAUAGAGGCGGUCGCGGUGGGAGCAGGUCGACCAAGGUCGACAGCUCGGAUGAUGCGACGCUGUCCUUUGAGGAUGAGGGCGAGAUUGGCCAGAUGAAGAAGAAAUACUCCGACACCCUGCCCACUCUGAAAGAGCUGUUCCCCGACUGGACAGACGAAGACUUGGUGUUCGCGUUGGAAGACUCAAACGGCGACCUCGAGAGUGCAAUUGAGCGGAUAACCGAAGGCAAUGUCUCGCAGUGGGGAGAGGUGAAGAAGAAGACCGUCGACCGCACCCGUUCCAAGCCCAAGGAGGUGCAGAGCACUCCUGUCGAGUCAGCCGCCCCUGCGAUGCGAGGAAGUCGUGGCCGCGGUGGAUUUGAGGGCCGUGGCCGCGCUCGUGGAGAUCGUGGCCGUGGUGGUCGUGGCGGCAGGGCGGGAGCUCAUGUCAAUGGGUCCCGUCCGCCCGCGACAGCUUCUACUGCUGCUGCCAUCGCUGCCUCAGACGCUCUGGAGAACCCGGUCGCCGCCCCUACAAACGUGGAGACCCCAGUUGAUGGUGAGGAGCCUGUCGAUUCUGUGACCGAGAGCACCACCAAAGAUGUUGUGGCCAAAACAGCUGAGCCGGCCAAGAAGGGUUGGGCCAGCUUGUUCGCCAAACCCACACCUCCACCUGUUGCCGCUGCUCCGAAGAAACCUGCUGUCGCUCCUGCUCCCGUCCCUGUAACUCCCGCGUCGACUGCCGUCCCCGCUGCCGCGGCGCCCGCUGCUCCUCCUGUGGCUGCUCCCGUCGCUCUCGAGAAACAGGCCGAACCCGUGGUGGAACAGAAGGCUCCUGAACCCGUACCUAUACCUGUUCCUGUCCCUCUGGUCGCUCCCGCGGAGAAGACAACGGAAGAACCUGCUGCUGCUGCUGCUGCUGCUCCUCCCCCGGCUGAGGUUCCUGUUGCCGAAACCCCUCGCGUGGACGACGCCCACCUUGCUGCCAAGGACGAUCUGACAAAGAGAAACCUCGAACAGAUUCCUGACGUAUCUGCUCCUGCUCCCACCGCUACGGCCGCCAGCACCACCGGCAGCGUGCCGGAUCCCUCUGCCCUGUCCACCGCAGCGACUCCCGCCCGGCCCACUCCCUCAGGCUACCCGACCAGUGCCUUCAAGCAGAGCGGCCGUGGUCCGGCCUUCCAGCGACGGGUCAUGGAGCAGCAAGAAGCGGUGGUCAUGCCCGGAAACCAUGCGGUUGACCGUGCCGCCGUGCAGUUCGGCAGCAUGGGUCUGAACGGCGAUGCCACUGAUAUUGAUAUCGACGAACACCGUGAGGAGGCCGAGACUCGCGCCCAGCCCCCGCAGCACUCGCCCGUCGCUCCGCGCGCCGCGCUGCCUCCUUCCACCCAGGCCCCCAUUCCGAUCGAGACCCCGGCCGUUGCCCGCCCGGCCCCGGGCUUGCCUCCCGUUCCUCAGGCCUCCGCCGCCGAGUCCUUCAACGAUUUCCCCCGUUACACCGACACCCAGAAACCCUACGACCCUUUCACCCAGCAGGUCUCUCAGCCGCAGGUUCCGAUCCAGGAACCCUUUGCCAACCAGGCCCCCACCCAGCCUACCGUGACCUCCGGCAGCGAAUACUCACCCUUCUAUGCGGACCAACAGCGCGGUCUGCCCUACACCUACUACGGCUCGUACGGCCAGUCCCAAGAUGCCACCGCGGCUCAGCGAGCCGCCACGGGCUUCGGUGUCUCGGGAGCCGAAGUGCAGCCUCACGUUCCCACCACCCAACCUCCCACUCGCUAUGGCCACGUUGACACCCCCAACAGCGGCCACAAUACCCCCAACCCCACUCUCCCCGGUGCCACGCAGACCCCGUCUGCCCAGCACCUGCCCGGCGCCCAGGCCGCCGCCGCCGCAGCCCACGGCGGGUACGGCUAUGGGUACCCCUACUACUCGAACCCUCACUACGCCUCCUACAUGAGCCAGAUGACCCAGCAUCAGUACGGCCGCAACCGCCCGAUGUAUGACGACGCUCGCCGCUACGACGACCACUACAUGCAGCCCCACAGCAACCAGUACGGCUACGGAAGCCAGUACGGACCUUAUGGCGGCAAGGGUGGCAUGUACGGCCAGCCGCAGCAUGCUGGCUUCUCCUACGAGCAUUCUUCCUCCCCGGCCACCGCCGGCUCCUUCAACCAGGGUACUCCCGGCCGGGAUUCGGUGUACGCCCGUACCGGCUCCGCGCAGCCUUCGGAGAGCCAGCAGUCCGCCGCGGGCACCACCGCCUUCGGCACCGGCAUGUCGGACGUCUUCGGUCGCCCCCAAGCCGGCGGCUUCAGCCAGAACCAGCAGAUGGCCCAGCAGCAGCCGGUGACCACCGAGGAGGCUGCCAAGUCGUUUGAAACCCCCAAGGCCGGCGGGCCCAGCCCGUCCCUGGCCCAGGCAAACCGUCCCGCCUCGGCCGCCAACAACGCUCCCGGCCAGCCCCAGUCGCAGACCGUCCUGCCCCCCCUCCAGGGCCAGCAGGGCCAGCAGGGCUUUGGCGGUUACCCCCAUCUGAACCCGCAGUACAGCACCGGUCUGGGAGGACUGGGAGGACACCAGGGCGCCUACUACGGGAACUCUGGCCGCGGAGGAUGGGGAGGCAACUAUGGACAUUAAGAAAUGAUAUGCCUCAUGGAAGAUAAAGUGUAUGUGUCUGUUAACAUGGGAAACGUGGUUUUAUCUUCUCCAUCUCUCUCUCUCUCUCUCUCUCUCCCUCUUCUUUUUUUAAUGUCUCGAAUGUGUAAUCUCUACUCUAUGGGAGCUUGGCUGGCUCUUCUUUUCUGGACUUUCUUGCUUUUUUCGUCAAAGUUAUGAUUAUGUGAAGGGGAAACGGCCUGCCACAAAUCUCUGUUUUCUUCUCUUUUUUUUUUUUCUCUUUUCAAUCUCCAUCUUCUCCGGUGUUGCCUUCUCUUUCUCCUCCUC